UGCAGCCUGGAAGGCGGAGAGGGCGUUAGGCGCAGAGACUGAGGAAAUCUGUGCUCGCUGGCUCGCACGGAGGCCCCGAGCCCAGCCGGGCCGGUGCUGCUGAGGGCGCUUAGGACCGAGGCGAGCGCGCUGAGCCCAAGAUGAGGGCGUCGGUGCUGCUGACCUGCUGCUGCUGGCUGCUGGUGCCGGUGAGCAGCAUCCAUCCAGAAUGUCGCUUUCAUCUGGAAAUACAGGAAGAAGAGACAAAAUGUGAGGAGCUGCUGAACAGCCAGACAGAAAAGCAGAGAGACUGCAGUGGUGUCUGGGACAACAUCACCUGCUGGCGCCCUGCAGACAUUGGAGAGACUGUCACGGUGCCCUGCCCCAAGGUGUUCAGCAACUUCUACAGCAGACCAGGAAACAUAAGCAAAAACUGCACUAGUGAUGGGUGGUCGGAGACAUUUCCAGAUUUCAUCGAUGCAUGUGGCUACAACGACCCGGAGGAUGAGAGUAAGAUUACGUUUUAUAUUCUGGUGAAGGCCAUUUAUACCUUGGGCUACAGUGUUUCCCUGAUGUCUCUUACAACAGGAAGCGUAAUUAUCUGCCUCUUCAGGAAGCUGCACUGUACCAGGAACUAUAUUCACCUGAAUCUGUUCCUCUCCUUCAUGCUGAGAGCCAUCUCAGUGCUGGUCAAGGACAGUGUGCUGUACUCCAGCUCAGGGACACUGCGAUGUCACGACCAGCUGGCCUCCUGGGUCGGCUGCAAGCUCAGCCUGGUGUUUUUCCAAUACUGCAUCAUGGCGAACUUCUACUGGCUCCUGGUGGAGGGCCUCUACUUGCACACCCUCCUGGUGGCCGUCCUUCCUCCCAGCAGGUGCUUCCUGGCCUACCUUCUGAUUGGAUGGGGCAUCCCCAGUGUGUGUAUAGGCGCAUGGACAGUGACCCGCCUCUCUUUAGAAGACACAGGUUGUUGGGACACAAAUGACCAGAGCAUCCCCUGGUGGGUCAUUCGGAUGCCCAUUCUAAUUUCUAUUGUAGUCAACUUUGCCCUCUUCAUCAGCAUUAUAAGGAUCUUGCUUCAGAAGCUAACCUCCCCGGAUGUCGGCGGCAACGACCAGUCACAGUACAAGAGGCUCGCCAAGUCCACACUGCUGCUGAUCCCACUGUUCGGCAUCCACUACACGGUGUUCGCCGCCUUCCCCAUUGGUAUCUCCUCCACCUACCAGAUCCUGUUCGAGCUGUGCGUGGGUUCCUUCCAGGGCCUGGUAGUAGCAGUGCUAUACUGCUUCCUGAACAGCGAGGUACAGAGUGAGCUGAAGAGAAGGUGGCGAGGCCUGUGCCUGACCCAGCCUGGGAGCCGGGACUACCAGCUGCAUAGCUGGUCCAUGUCCCGGAAUGGCUCAGAAAGUGCCCUACAGAUACACCGCGGCUCCCGCACCCAGUCCUUCCUGCAGACAGAGACCUCGGUCAUUUAGCAGGGUCCUCGCCGUGCAAAUGACUGCGCUGCCGGUUCUGACGCACGUGUUUGCGGGCUUCCUCCGCUACCCAGGCAUCUGAAGCCGCCUCACUGGGUCAGCCAGCCUGGUCCUGACCCUCGUGUGUAACUUGAUUGGAACACUGAUUAUUAUGGUCAAACUCCAGCCUUUAAGCCAUCCUCUUCGCAACACGGCUUGGGGACACAUAGGAGGCGGGUCUGCUUUCCAAGACAGCAAGAAAGCCAAAGUGGCCCUGGACGUCAAAACUGGAGCCUGGGACCUCUGAAGAAGAUAAGGAGGAAGUUUCUGGCUCCCUGCCUCCUGUCAGGAGGAGCCAGGUCCAGGAUCAGCUGAGCAUCACUGCCCUGUGGUACCCAGUGCACGCCUGUGGAUGUCUGUGAGAUUCCGCCCCAGUCUAUGACAGACCAGGGAAAUCGGCUGGCAGCAGCCAUCUCGUCCCAGAAGCUUCCUGGUCCCCUCGGUCCUGAGUCCUGUCCUGUGGGAUGAGCCUCUGCAUCUGGACAGCCACAGCCUUGCCAGUCCCUGGACCAUUUGGUAGUGACUGAAGACAAGUCAAGGGCGAUGUUUCAUGACUCAGCAGCCAAGCCAGGAGCUCAUACUCUCCUGGUCACUUAGCAUCUGCGCUUCCUAUAUGGGGUGAGCAGCUCUGGGUUCCAGGCUGGCCCGUCAAGAUGAAGGCCCUGGCCGGGCAGUGGUGGCGCACGCCUUUAAUCCCAGCACUCGGGAGGCAGAGGCAGGUGGAUCUCUGUGAGUUCGAGGCCAGGCUGGACCGACAGCCUCCAAAACAAUACAGAGAAACCCUGUCUCGAAAAAAAAAACCAAACAAAACAAAGAUGAAGGCCCUGGUGACUUGUCCAUACAGCCCAGGGGUGUUCCCUAGGCAACAGAAAACUGUACUCUUUUCUGGGGGGAAGGGGGGGAAGGGGAUCAUCACCUUAAAAUUGUUUAAAGAAUAUUUUAUCAAAACAUAAGAUGGCAUCAAGUACUCCUAGCCAAUGUUUGCCAGUAAUAAUCCUUACUUUUCCUGUCAUUUGCAGCUGUGGACAGGCAGGGCCUGGGGAGGUCACAUGAUAUGAUAAGGAAGAAGCUGAAGAGUGAGAAUGUCUGUCCCUGCAGUGCCCAGAAACCCUGGGACACUGCCCUAGCCCAGUGCAAGGGCUGUAGGUUCUGGACCUGGUGUUCUGGCACAGUCUAUGUAACCCUCCGCCCCCCCCAACACACAACACCCACGCCAAGGACAAGAGCUACAGAGCGUUUUUCCUGUGGUUUCUGUGGCGUGUAGAUGCCAGCCAACACGAAUGCCAGUGAUCCCAACCAGUUGUGCCAAAGCCAGAGGCCUCAGGGUCAGGAAACCACAAAAGUAAGCCACACACACUCCCGGUUAACUAGAAAUAAAACCAGCGCUUGGUGGCUCCAGGACAGCAGAGAAGGGACUAUCUAGAGAGUGGCUGAGGCCCAGUGGGCAGACUUCUGGGCCUGAACGUCUGUCCCGCAGGACCGCCCCUGGGGUUUUGAUUCCAUCAGCUCUUAGCAAGCCCCCAUUUUGACUCACACUGUAUUGGAUGGGCAGCUGAGGUGAUGUAGAAAACGCCACUCACCUGCCACCUCCCCAGGGCUGCAAGGCUAGAGAGAAGGUCUAGGGGUGCAGGUCAGGUACCCCCAAAAAGAACCGCUGGCAGCGGCAUUAGGUGGGCGCUACAAGCCUUGGCGUGAGCCUCGCCUCUCUUCAUCCAGAGUCAUUACGGCUUAACACAGCAGUUCUAAGGAAGACAGAGUUGUUGUUGGUUUGGUUUUUUUUUUUCAUAUCUGAAAGUGUCCUAUCAACAACCAGGUAUGGUCACCCUGCCAUGACCCCAAAGAGACACGUAGGACCUGUGAAAAACAAGCAGCCAUCAUCCAAUAAGCAGUCACUGGUCACACAUGGAGUAUUCCGAUGUGUGCGUGGACACUGUCACCUCAGCCCAGCAUGUGCUAACACUAGACAGAGCUGGGCCUAGGUCUUCUCCCUGGUGAAGAGAUGAGCCGGUCACAAACUGGCCACCGCCAGAACUGACCAGUCGCAGGGGUGUGGUAACCACAAGGCCAGCAUGUGGUCUCCCGUAUUGUAUGUGAGAUGUGUACGAGGUGUGCCGCAGAGUGGAACCAAUCUGUAUAUAUACUGCAAUAAACCUGAUUUCAUCCUG